AACUCCCAUCCCUCUCCCACUUAUUCCUUUCCUUUGCUUUGCGGUUCUAUCGCAAAAAAAUGUUCGCAGUUAGUACUGACCAGAUGUUGCAGUGCGGUGUUCCACGGCCAAUGUUGCCUAUUAACGGAAAGUGGAAAUCCAAGGUUGAACUUGCUCCCAAUUGUCCACGUUGUGCCUCCGCCAACACCAAAUUCUGUUAUUACAACAACUACAGCUUGUCGCAGCCCAGGUACUUUUGCAAAGGUUGCAGAAGGUAUUGGACCAAAGGUGGUUCCCUUAGGAAUGUGCCUGUCGGUGGUGGCUGUCGUAAGACUCGACGUGGCAAGUCCACCAGUGUCAACAAAAAUGGUGGUCAGGUUCAGGUUUCUGAGAAUCAUAGUAAUCACGAUCAGCAGACGAUUGGGACCAGUAGUUACUCCGAUGGAAACCCAGCGAACCAACCAACUCCUGCUAGUGGGUCGGAUAUUGAUCUAGCUGUUAUCUUUUCUCAAUUCUUGAACCAAAACACAAGCUCAGAUCAGCACGAGAUUCUUGCUCAAGAAUGGCCUAAUGAAGGGAUCGAUCCAUGGAGUGUUUUAGAACAAGAUAUCAACACCCCAAAUGAUUCAUCGAUGGAGUGCCCGGAUUUACCAGUGGUUCAUCCGAGUCCAGAAUCUUAUUUGCUUCAAGAAAUUCCUCGUUUUAAGCAACAUCUAAAAGAGGAUAAUAACAGUGUCGAGGGAUUGCUGGAAACUGACCCGAUGAAUGCGUUUGGGUUGCAGAAUUUGUUUGCUGAGGAAAUGGUACAAGAUGUUUUCUGGUCUAAUUCUGCAUCAGAAACUCCGAGCUUUGAAUGUCAAUCGAUGGUUCAACUGCAACAGUUCGAGUCCUUUCCGGUUGAUGAUCACCUAAAGGUUUCUGCAAACUUAAUGGCUGAUAAUUGGAGUGUCUUUGAUCUGUCUGGAUUUGAACUUUUUUCAAAACCCGGAAGCCAAAGUCAAAUUUCCAAUUUUAUAUAGUAACACUUAUACUAUUUUUUUAAAUAAAAUAUUAACAAUUAGUAAUAUAGAAGACUUUUAUUUUUAUUGUAUUUAAAUAAGCUUUGACCAUUUGAUUUAUCCAAAUAAAGCCUUAUUUCAAAUGAAUUAAGGAUUUAUUUAGAUAUAAAUUAAAAAGUAAGAUUUAUUUGAAUGCAAUAAAAAUACUAAAACAUUAUAAAUCUCAAUAGCU